UCAUCAUUCAUGUAGUAUACUCACAACGGACGUGGACGUCUACAUUUCAAUCAAUUCGGGGGCCACGACUCUCGCACUUGCCUUGUAUCGAAUUAUCGAAUUGGAUUGCUCGGCUUCAUAGAUUUCAGAUUGUCAUGCAGAAAAAGGGGAGCCGACUGAAGAGUUUUCAAGAUCCGGUUCUGGAUCUAACUGAUUCUCCUGGGCCGAUGAUGGAACAGGCUCAGGUCAGGCCCCCCAUGUGCAGGGAAACAUGAUGUUACAUUUCAGAUGCCUUCAGAGUGUUGGUGGAAUCAGAUUGCCAGAGUCACCAUCAUGAUCUUAGGGACGUGCUUCGGACUGAAAGGUGGCGGCUUCAUGUCGAACGUACUGUCGCUUUUUCAAAGGGUCGUGCCUGAAGAAAAUCUUGACGAACAGACGUCAAACUUCGUAGAGAAAAACUGGUACUUCGCUCAUUAUUUAUUCUUGUCAAAAUUCUGAAAGGUUUUGA